GGAAUCUAGGUAAAGAUCUCGAGAAGACUAGUCGUUUUAUCUGCGUAUCCCCACGUGGGUGUGGGGUAGUGCUGGGGUGAUCGUACCAGAACUGCCAUGGGUCAAGUAUGGAGCAACCUGUGGGACGUCCAGUUGCCGUUCAACUGCUACGAGACGGCGCACACAUGGACGCCCAUGUGUCAUCGGGCGUGGAUCGACCUCUUCAAAGAUGUGAUGGCAUCGACGUUCCCGCUGCACCUGAUCUUAUACUCGACGGGCGCGCUGACUCGGGCCAAGGGCGAGCCGCUGGAGCAGCUGAUACUGAGCUACAUUAUCGGAAACAGCCUGCGUUCAUCCCUCAGCAUCGCCUACUGCUUCUUCUUCAUGUGCGCCUUCGCAUGCAUCUCAAGCGCCUACCUGGGUCACUUCUCGCCGGGCCAGGUGCUGUUCUCGUGCCUUGCAGCGGUCUACCUCGGCAUCAAACUCGAAGAACCGAGGCGGUAA